AUAGGUUUACGGAUGCUGAGGAGGCUCCCUGGUCCCCGGGCUGCUGCCAACAAGAUCUCACCUUCGUUUGGUUCCAACGGUUGUAUUUUUGGCGCAGUGAACCGUCAAGACUUGAGAAAGAAAUGGCUCAGUGCUCCAACGCUGCAAAGGCGGGCUCGUCGGCCAACGGAGAGGGUGUGAAGAAGAGGAAUGUCGCUGUCGUAACCGGCAUCACCGGUCAGGAUGGUUCCUACCUGGCUGAGUUCCUACUUGCUAAAGGCUAUGAGGUUCAUGGUAUUUUGCGGCGUUCCAGCUCCUUCAACACAGGUCGGAUCGAGCAUCUUUACCAAAACCCACAGACACAUACGGAGGGCAACAUGAAGCUACAUUAUGGUGACCUGACUGACAGCACCUGUCUGGUGAAAAUUAUCAAUGAGGUGAAGCCAACAGAAAUCUACAACCUGGGUGCUCAGAGCCAUGUCAAGAUUUCCUUUGACUUGGCUGAAUACACAGCCAAUGUGGAUGGUGUGGGCACAUUGCGUCUCCUGGAUGCAAUCAAGACGUGUGGUCUGACCAGCAGCGUCAAGUUCUACCAGGCUUCCACCAGUGAGCUGUAUGGCAAAGUCCAGGAGAUCCCGCAGAAGGAAACCACACCUUUUUAUCCCCGCUCACCUUACGGAGCUGCUAAGCUUUAUGCCUACUGGAUUGUGGUAAAUUUCCGUGAAGCCUACAACAUGUUUGCUGUCAACGGAAUCCUGUUUAACCAUGAGAGUCCGAGGAGAGGCGCAAAUUUUGUGACACGGAAGAUCAGCCGUUCUGUGGCAAAGAUUCACCUGGGCCAGCUGGAGAGCUUCAGCCUCGGGAACCUGGACUCCAAGAGGGACUGGGGCCACGCCAAGGACUAUGUGGAGGCUAUGUGGCUGAUGCUGCAGUCAGAGGAGCCAGACGAUUUUGUAAUCGCCACGGGGGAGGUUCACAGCGUGAGGGAGUUUGUGGAGAAGGCCUUUAAACAUGUGGGAAAGACCAUUGUGUGGGAGGGGAAGGAUGAAAAUGAGAUUGGCCGUUGCAAAGAGACCGGUGUGAUACACGUGAAGGUGGACCCAAAAUUCUUCCGUCCCACUGAAGUGGACUUCCUGCAAGGCGACAGCACCAAGGCAUAUCAGAAGCUGGGCUGGAAACCGCAGGUUACUUUUGAGGAGCUGGUGAAGGAGAUGCUGGAAUCUGACAUCAAACUCAUGAGGGAAAAUCCAAAUGCCUGAAAGCAGGACAGGAUGGAGAUGUUUUAGCACUCCUUGGUUUUACGCUGAAUCAAACAGCCGCAGAGCCAGUUUUUAUUUCUUCUUCUCUAAAUGAAGUUACUGUUGUUCUUUUGUUUUCUCAUCAAGAGCCGGUUGUUGCCUUUCUGUCUUAUUGGUACUGUGUCAGAUUGAUAUAUUAGGUUGUUUUGUUUAUUUAAAUUCAAACACUGAUCAUGUAGGGUUUUAUGUGAGAGGCAAAUUGUAAGAUUUUAUGUGUCUUUUCCCUUUGUAGUGUGGUUAAUUUAAAGGUUUGAUUUGGGCGCUUUUUAAACAGAUGACCAAAAAAA